AAAAAAAAAAAAAAAAAAAAAUGUCCCAUUUGGAGGCUGUGGAAGAACCUGGCCAGGGUACAGAGUUAAUUGCUUCUUACAGCGAGGGAAAUCAUACCCAAGCUGCAUUUUCUCCCCCAUCUGAACAAGACAGUCCUCCAUACAGUGGUCCAGUAUUAGAUCUUCUCUUUCAGGAUGUCGUCUUUUACCUUAAUCCUUUCCUCGGCAGGACAAAGUCUACUCAGUUCAAGAAAAUAUUAUGUGAACACGGAGCCCAGGAAACUCGCUCCACAUUUGCGAGAGAGACCCAUGAGGAUUUAAACUACAAUACAAGGCCUACCCACAUUAUAACAGAGGAUCUUGACUUUCCGGACCAUAACCAUGCGACCGCCAGAGGCAUUCAUGUUGUCACGCCCGCUUGGAUUACGCGUUCAGUGAAUUGUAACAAGCAGCUAAACCCUAAACAUUUUUCAGCAGACCCAUCAAUGAUUUUUUCCGGCGUUAUUCUGACGGCUACAGGAUUGCCACCAUACGAUCGAGAAAUAAUAGGGAGUGCUGUCGAGGAUUACGGCGGAGCUUUCACUAACUAUCUCUCUGCAGACGUAACUCAUAUGAUCGCUGUUGCUCCAGAAGGGGAGAAGUAUGAGCAGGCGAUGGAGCAUCCAGAGUGGGACAUAAAGAUUGUUCUACCACACUGGUUUCAACAGAGCUGCAACUUGAAAAGACGCUUACCGGAGACUAUAUACAGAUUCCCUAAUCCUCCCAUGCUGGAUCAAAGCUUUGUUGCCCCACCAGAAAUGGUUUCAGGCAAAGCUCCACAGCUAUAUUCAAAUACCAUUAAGGCAGUGACUUUAUUCCUCAUGUCUCCUAGCAAAUUUCAUUCAAAGUUUUUAAGAAGAUUCAGAUUUCAUUUAGUGGAUGAUCUUAACAUUUUGCCGGAACGAAAAACCUAUAUUAAUCAGAAGAUCAUAGAUGCUGGAGGUACUCUCGUUAAUGAAUACUCAAGCGAGACAGUGGAUGUCGUUAUUUGUCGAUUCCGGGCAGGAAAUACAUAUAUUCAGGCAUCUAGAGACGGUAAGAUUGUUGGAUCUGCCGAUUGGCUUUUUCAUAUCUUACAGACUGGUGAGCUAUCUUCGCCAAAAGCUUCUCUGCUCCACUAUCCUAUACCUCCUGAGCCCAUUCCAGGGAUGUCAUCUUUUAUUAUGACUGUCACGCAAUACACUGGCAACGUUCGUGAAUACCUGAAGCGGAUGAUUAUUGCUGUUGGAGCUACUUACAAGCCUACUUUGGCCAGCCAAAACGCGCCGGAGCCGACGACACACAUUAUUUGCGGAAACUCCUCUGGCGAAAAGUAUGAGCGGGGCCAGGAAUGGAAUGUCAAGGUGGUUAAUCACUUGUGGCUGGAGGACUGCUUCCAAGUUUGGUCUCUGCAAAGUGAAAGCAAACCGCGAUACACGCAAUUUCCUCCUUUUAAUCAAUUGCCAUCCAUAUUUGGUGCUAACAUCCUACAAGAAACAGUGGAUGAGUGGCUUAAGUUUUAUGAAGAGGACACAUCAAGUCCAAUAGGGGUAAUGGAAGCGGGAGAGCAGAUUCCAUCUUUACUUGCAGAGAAAACCUUUUGGGCUGAAAAUCAGGACUCAACAUAUUCCCAGCGGCAGAUUGAAGGCGGACAUGCCAGUUCUUAUCUCCCUAAUGAUAAGAAUGUGCAGUCAGAUUCCUCAACUUUGUCCUCGAAGCCAGUGUUUAACAAGUCGACCUUGAAAGACAGGCUGAUUGAAUCUGAAAUAUCAACACCAACAUCAAGUGCUCCUUCGUCACCAACAACCCGGCAACCGUAUGGGGAUAUUUCGGAGGAAAGAGACAAGAAUUCGUCGCGAGUGACUCCUAUUGAAGACUCUUCGUCUGGCAGUGUCCGGACUAUAUCACGGAAGCGUGGCGCGGCUGUACAGGCUAACAAAGCGCUGCAAAAGAUUGUGCCUGAUAUGAAUGAGUUUCAGGAAGAGCUUAAAGAUGCGAAGAAGGCUAUGAAGAGGAAGAAAAAGCGUGCAAGCUCUCAAGAACCGAAGGAUGGUGAAGAUGAAGAUAUGAAUAUGGAUGAAACAAGUGCCCCACUAUCAGCUACUCGGAACGCAACAGCCCCCUCUAAGCGGAGUAGGAUUAGUAUAGGUAGCGUGGGAGAAAGAAGCACUCCUGGCGCCACAGAUGAUGAAGAGCCGCAUGAUAAUGAGACAACCAUGACAGAGUCAAAGUCUCAGCCCAAAAAAACAAAACGAGGAACCAAAGCAGAGAAGGAUGGAGCUACGGGGGAGUCAACCGUGCCUGAAAACGUCAUUACAUCAGGGAAAUCGAGGCGUGUGCGAUACAUAUCAACGGGCGUAAAGGAGCAGAGUGCGGCACAGGUCAAGGCACUGAAAGCACUUGGUAUUCUGCCAGCAACAUCUGCUGAAAAGUGUACCCACCUGAUUGCUACCGGUAUUUCGCGAACAGGAAAGUUUUUGAUUGCGCUUCUUCAUGGCAAAAUCAUAGUGCAUGAGGACUGGCUCCAGGCCUGUGUCGAUGCUAAUACUGUUUUAGACGAGAACGAUUUUCGUAUUAAGGACACGAAAACGGAACAAAAGCUUAAUAUGGAUCUCUACAAGUCUGUGGAACGAGCUCGCGAGAAGCGUGUUUUCGAGAACUGUGUGUUUUAUAUUUCUCCCUCAUUGAACAAGGACAUGCCUGGCCUAAAAGCCGUGGUAGAGGCUGGGGGUGGAAAGGCAUCACCUCUUUUACACACAGGCCUUGGGGUAUUAAAGGACCGGCUUGUAAAAGUCUCGAAUGAUAAAGACAGUUUUAGCAAGGAUGGAGACCAUGAGAAAAGACUGAAAACCCGUCGGAAAGUGAAUCAAGGUGAAGGCAUUAUUGGAAGAGAUGAUGGUGAGGAUAACGAAAGCGUUGACAAAAGCGAAGACGAGUCCAUCGGUCCACGAGAUGAAAUCGUAGCCGUGGUAUCGAGUGAAAAGGAUAGAGACAUGUGGCAAUCGAUUGUGGAUGCAGGGGCUCAUGUCUACUCACAUGACUUGAUCUCUGUAAGCGUCUUGACUCAAAGACUAGACCUUGGCGACACACAUGCACUUGCGUAACGACAGACAUUUGUAAAACAGCAGCAAUAAAGCAUAUCUGUUCAAUAGG